AUCCGGGGCGCCAAAGGCAGCCUAGGCGCCCGGGGCACCUUCCUCCUUCGCCUUUGCUCUGCGAGACAGAGAGGGAGAGUGUGUGCGCGGAGUGUGGCCUGCCUGCCUCCCUCCUUUUCCCUUUCCUCUCUCUCUCUCUCUCCUCCUCCUCCGCCGCCGCUGCCCUUUGAUCCCUUGCCUUAGUGUUAGUUAGGGGCCGGGAGACACGCAGGGAGCAGCAGCCAUCGCCGUUGCUGCUGCUGCUUCGGAGCCCUCCUCCUCCUCUUCUUCCUCUUGACACCGCCGCAUAUGAGCCACCCAUUAGGUCCCUUCUCCUUCUCCUUCCCAUUGAGGAAUAUCGCGACCGGGGAGCAGCCAGGUGCACGGCCGGAGAAGGAAGGAAAGGAGGAGGAGGAGGAGGAAGAAGAAGAAGGGAAAGGGGGAUCGGAGAAGGGAAGAAAGGAAAGGUGGAGGAGGAAGGGCAAAGAGGGGGAGGAAAGGGGGCAGAGGGGAAUCCCUGCCUCUCCCUCCUCCCCAAAAGAAGGCGCCCGACCAAGCCAAGGCAGGCACCUUUUGCCCCCUCCUCCAACCUCUCUCUCUCUCUCUCUCUCUCUCUCUUCUUCCUCCUCCUUAACCCGCUCUCCCGUUGAACCGAGGAGGAGAAUGUGAAAAGGAGGGGGAGAAAAAAUGCCCAGGAGGAAGCAGGAGCAGCCCAAGCGCCUCUCGUCUUCUUCUUCUUCACAUGGUACUAGACAGGAAGAAGCUGAAGGUGAGCUUAGCGAAGAGGAGCAUUGGUAUGGAAACUCCUCAGAAACCCCAUCGGAAGCAUCUUAUGGAGAGGUCCAGGAGAACUUCAAAUUGUCCUUUGAGGACAGACUUCAAGAACAGUCCACAUCUCCAGACACUUCCUUGGGAAGUGCAACUCCUAGCAGCAAUACAUUGGAGCUGGCAACGGUGGAGAAUGAGGCUGUACGGGAUAUGUUACAAAACAAAGAACACCUUUCUCCUGGUGUGUCUUCUGUGUGCGAAGAUGACACUCCUGGUUCAAAUAAGCCACUGAGUAGUAACUUGAGACGUCUGCUGGAGGCUGGUUCUCUCAAGCUAGACACUAGUAUAAGAGUGAACGGCAGGGUUGAGUCCCCUGUAAAUCUAGGCUCAAAUAUCUCCUUUUCUCCACCUACCCAUCAUGCUCAGCAGCUAAGUGUCCUUGCUAGAAAGCUAGCUGAAAAACAGGAACAAAAUGACCAAUACAGCUCAAGCAACCGGUUUAUAUGGAAUCAGGGCAAAUGGUUGCCUAACUCAACUCCCCCUUGCAGCUUAUCUCCAGACUCUGCAAUCCUAAAACUGAAAGCAGCUGCCAAUGCAGUCCUUCAGGAUAAGUCACUUUCUCGAACUGAAGAUCCAAUAAGGUUUGAAACCUUUUCUUCCCCAUUUAGUUCGCAGUCUGCAAGCUCCACCUUAGCGGCAUUAUCAAAGAAAGUCAGCGAAAGAAGCAUGACUCCUGGGCAGGACCACCCACCGCCAGCUAGCUCUUUCCUUUCUCUCGCCUCAAUGACUUCUUCGGCAGCUCUGCUUAAGGAGGUUGCAGCCAGAGCGGCAGGCAGUCUUUUGGCUGAGAAGAAAAAGUCGCUGGUUGUAGAAGAUCCCCUGCAGCUUUCAGACAUGAAGCAAGAGAAAGUAACUCCACCGCAGUCUUUGGAAUUAUUGUUACUCCCAGCCCCUAAAGGAAGAACUUCUAAAACCACUAACCCAGCCUCAGAAGAGGAAGGUGGGAAACCUUUCCAGUGUCCAAUAUGUGGCCUGGUGAUAAAACGGAAGAGCUAUUGGAAGAGACACAUGGUGAUUCAUACAGGCUUGAAAAGUCAUCAGUGCCCUUUGUGCCCAUUUCGCUGUGCACGCAAGGACAAUCUCAAAUCACACAUGAAGGUUCACCAACACCAAGACCGGGGGGAAACAUUUCAGUGCCAGCUAUGUCCGUUUACUUCUUCUCGCCACUUCAGCCUGAAACUCCACAUGCGUUGCCAUCAACACUUCUUGAGGACAGAAGCCAAAGUGAAGGAAGAGGUCCCAGAAAUGGAUGUUAAAGUGUCACCCCUGCUAAAUGACAACUCCAGAUUGGGGCAGCAAGGAGAUGGAGGAACUGAUCACACAGGGGCUGUGGCCAUGGCUUCAAAAACACCUGAGGCAGUUGGGCAAGGAGGAGGUGCCAUCCCUCCUCUGCUGGUUAAGGAAGAGCCCAAAGAUGACAACAAUACCCCAUCCUUCCCUCUCGGUGUUGUUGAUAGAAUCACCACCAACAGCACUAAGCUAAAAGACUCCAUUGACUUUGUGACCAAUACAGCGUCAGCACUUUUCAGCCAGGAUAUCUCUGUGAAGAUGGCUUCAGAUUUUCUCAUGAAACUCUCAGCUGCAAAUCAAAAGGAACCCUUGACUCCAAUAUUCAAAGUGAAAGAUGAACCGAAAGAUGAGGAAAAUGAAUCCACUUUGCCUAAAUCCAGUUACAUUUUCAGCCAGGAACCUGAAACAUCUGCUCCAAGCAUUCCCGAGGAGAAUCUCAAAUCACAGGAAGUGCCAGCAAAUGUAUUACAGCAGGACAUGUCAGUCAAAGCAGCAUCUGAACUUCUCAUGAAGCUAUCAGCGGAAAGUUACAAGGAAUCCCAGGCGAUAAAGAUUAAAGAAGAGCCCAUGGAAGUUGAUAUUCAGGAUCCCCAAGCCUCAGUUUCACCCAGCCAAAACAUCAGUUAUAGCACUUUACUCAGGCAAGAGAUAACUGAACACAUACAAAAGAUACCAGAAGGCCGCGUACUCCCUGAGAGAAACCUCUUCAGCCAAGAUAUAUCAGUAAAGAUGGCUUCGGAGCUACUUUUUCAAUUGUCAGAAAAAGUGAGCAAAGAACACAAUCACUGUAAAGAUAACACCAUUGCAGCUACAACCAGCCCUUUUUUUUCAGAAGAUACAUUUAGACAAUCACCAUUCACUUCCAAUUCAAAAGAUCUCCUGGCUAAUGAAACCGCUGUUCCUGGAAAGACGACAGUAACAGAUACAGAGAAGAUAGGGCUGGAAGCUGGAAAUGGGUUACCAUCUUGGAAAUUUAAUGACCAGCUCUUUCCCUGUGAUGUGUGUGGAAAAGUGUUUGGCCGACAGCAGACGUUGUCCCGACAUCUCUCCCUGCACACAGAAGAGAGAAAAUACAAAUGCCAUUUGUGCCCCUAUGCUGCUAAGUGCCGUGCUAACCUGAACCAGCACCUGACUGUCCAUUCCGUGAAGCUGGUGAGUACAGACACUGAGGACAUUGUCAGCGCUGUCACUUCCGAAGGCAGUGAUGGAAAGAAGCACCCUUAUUACUACAGUUGUCAUGUAUGUGGAUUUGAAACUGAGAUGAAUGUCCAGUUUGUCAGUCAUAUGUCGCUUCAUGUGGAUAAAGAACAGUGGAUGUUUUCUAUUUGCUGCACAGCCUGUGAUUUUGUGACCAUGGAAGAGUCAGAGAUGAAGGCUCAUGUCGCCACCAAGCACACAGGUGAAGAGAGAAAGACACCCAGUGAUUCAAACAGCCCUUCUUCUUCUUCCCUGUCCGCACUUAGUGAUUCUGCCAACAGUAAAGAGGAUGCAGAUAUCAGCCCCAAACCCAAGGGUCCAAACAACCUGCUAGUUAUUUCUGUAGUGCCUGGUAGCCAGACCAUAUUAAAUGCGGAAGAAAAGUCAGAGAAAGGUUUUGAAUGUGUUUUCUGUAACUUUGUCUGCAAAACAAAAAAUAUGUUUGAGCGCCAUUUGCAAAUCCACCUUAUCACACGGAUGUUUGAAUGUGAUGUGUGCCACAAGUUCAUGAAGACUCCUGAGCAAUUACUGGAGCACAAGAAAUGCCACACUGUCCCCACCGGUGGGCUCAAGUGCCCGUUCUGCAUUUAUUCCACAAACCGUCCAGCAGCGAUGGAAUGCCAUUUGAAGACCCACUACAAAAUGGAGUACAAGUGCCGGAUCUGCCAGGCAGUGAAAGCCAAUCAGUUGGAGCUGGAAAUGCACAUUCGGGAGCAUCGCCUUGGCAACCAUUACAAAUGUGACCAGUGCGGCUACCUUUCCAAGACGGCCAACAAGCUGAUCGAGCAUGUGCGCGUACACACUGGGGAGCGCCCUUUUCACUGUGACCAGUGCAGCUACAGCUGCAAGCGCAAAGACAAUCUCAACCUGCACAAGAAGCUCAAGCAUGCACCGCGGCAGACUUUCAGCUGCGAAGAGUGCCUCUUCAAGACCACCCACCCUUUUGUCUUCAGCCGCCAUGUGAAGAAGCACCAAAACGGGGACUGCUUCGAAGAGGAGAAAAAGGGCCAGGGAUCAAGCUCUAAGGAAGCCAGCCCUCUCCUUGCAGGCAGCAGUCCCCGGAGCCUCUUGUCACCUCUUUCCAUGAUGUCCGCCUCCCAGGCUCUCCAAACAGUGGCCAUGACGGCUGCUCAAAGUGGGGGUGCGGAGCCAAACCUGGCACUUAAGGCCUUGGCCAUCAAUGGCACUUCCCUCUGCUUUGACAAGUAUCGAAACUCUGAGUUUGCCCACCUCAUUCCCUUGACCAUGUUUUUUCCUAAGAACCACUUUGAGAUCACAUUCCAUGCGCCCCAGCCACAGACUGUACGCCUGGGUGACACAUCGCCGAAGCACUCCUUCCUCGCCUACCUUGGACUCACCGAAAGGGCAGAAACUGUCUGAGGGCAGCCACAUUCUGUACCAAAAAUACUCCAAACACACCCAAGAGACACCCAGCAGGUAUAUACGUUGUUGCAAACCAUACCCAGGUAUGGCUGGCUGAACCUUUGUACUAUAGAUCAUUAGUCGUGAGAUAUAAGAAAACAAAAUGGCUCUGUGUGUCUCUUUAAUGCAUUGACAUGAAGGCUGCUUUAUUAAAAACUUCAGAGAGGUGACCUCCUUCAUUCUUCUACUUUCAGAGGCAUGUCCCCAGCACUCUUAACUUAAAAACUCUUUUUUUGUCUUGUUUAACGCUGAACAAGAGUGUCCUUAAUGGCAAUCAGCACUUGCUAAGAUUACAUAUUGAUGCAUUUUCCUUUGGGUUUGUGAGUGCGAAUGUGUCUGAAAGAGAGUCAGUGUGCCAUGACAUUACUUUUGCACAUCCUUUUGUAAUGGCUUAUUUAAUAUGAACACAUAAAGCUGCCUUAUACCACGUCAGACCAGUGGUCCAUCUCGCCUAGUAUUGUCUGCUCUGCCUGGCAGCACAGCACUUCUCUGAGCUUCUCAAGCAGAAGUCUUUCCCAGCAUCUGUCGCCUGAGAAGCUCUUGCCUGGAGAGGCUGGGGAUUGAACCUGGGACUUCGAUACAUGCAAAGCAUGUGCUCUACCUACCAUUGAGCAGCACCCUUGCCCCUUGCGAUAAUGAUUGCGGUUCUCCAUGCUCACCACUUUGCCUGCUUCUCUUUCUUUUGCAGUUAUCCGAACAUGGGAACAGCAAUGCUUGGUUCAAGCAGUGUUGGCAAACCAGUCAGUACUACUUCGAAUGUGCUAUAGAAUAGUUGUUGGUUAGGAAUUCUCCUCUCUGAGAAUUCAAAGAUCAGGGCAGAAGUAGUUGAGAAGAAACUAUUAUUUUCAGCCUUUCAAGGUGAGGGCUGUUUCACAUGUUACCAUUUUUCAACAUGGAAAUAAUCUCUGCAUGGGCAAAUGGAUUAUACCCAGUCAUGUUUGUCAUAAUAUGAAUGUGUUCUUUCCCUACCUCUCUCUCUCUCUCUCUCUCUCUCUCUCUCUCUCUCUCUCUCUACACCACAAAUUGGUUAGCCUCUGCACAUUUAUGCUGCUUGGAGGUUGUGUUCCAUGAAAACAAACAAAAACAAUGCACUUCUGCCUCUUUUGGAAAUGUUGUAGUGCAGAUGCAUGUUCCAACACAGAGAUUAUGUCUAUAGAGGAAAAAUGUAUGAAGCAGCCUGGAAUAUAGAAUACUGACAUACAGGAAAGCGCACCCGGUCCUUUAAACAGCAAGUGCAUUUUGAGCAUGUCCAAGGUCUUCUGUUAUAAUCGUGUAAACUAUGGGCUGUUUUCCCCCCCAAUACUUUUUUGUACUUGAGUAUAGUGCAGCUGUCCAGGAGCAAAGUUCAGCAUGCCAGCAUCCAUUUUAAAUGGAACGUAUGCACUACAUUUAAAUUACUGUAUUUCUUCCAUUCUAAGAUUGCUGUCAAUUGUAAGACGCACACAAAUUUCAGUACCACCACCAAAAAAUAAAAUACGUAUGAUUCUACAAGGGGCGUUCAUUAAAGAUUUCCCCUGACCCACUUCUAUUUAUCACAGGACAUUGAAACUGCACAUGUGUAAUGUUAUAAAUAUCUAUAGGUUAGGUGUCAAUUUACAACUCAGAACUGCUAAUGGCCUUGAUUUUACAGGUGCUGAAAUGGUGUGAGGUCUGAUAAUGGAGUCAGUGGAAUACAGAGCAGUCAUCAAGUUCCUUUACUUGAAAGGCCGCACACCAAAGGAGACGUUCAAUAAGAUUAAAGAGGUUUAUGGUGAUGAUUCCCCAUCAUUUGAUGUAGUCAAGAACUGGCAUCAUCAAUUCAAAUGUAGUCGGACUUUGGUGUAAACAGCUCCGAUUCCAGGGCAACCCCACUCUGCUAUUGAUGAACACACCAUCCAGCAAGUGGAGGUCACCAUUUUGGAAAAUUGUCACAUAACCAUUUGCCACCUAGCCCAAAUUGUCAAUAUUGGUGUGGGGUCCAUGGAAAAAAAUCAUGCAAGAUCAUUUUCACAUGCAUAAGGUAUCUGCUCACUGGGUCCCCCGGCUGCUCACACCUUUCCAGAAGCAGGAACAAGUGGAAUGUUCUCAGGCUCUAUUGACGAUGUGCCAUGGAAACCAGGAGGAGUUUUUCAACAGACUGAUCAUAUAGGAUGAAAACUGGGUCCAUCGCUAUGAUCCUGCGACUAAAGUCCAGUUGAUGCAAUGGAAGCAUCAUGACUCACCGCCUCCAAAGAAGGCACGUGCCCAACUCUCGGCAGGCAAGGUCUUGCUCACAGUAUUUUGGGACCAACACAGAGUAGUAUUGAUGGAUUUCUUAGCAAAGGGUACCAUGAUUACUAGGGCAUAAUAUGCUUCACUGCUGCGGAAAUUGCGAGAGGCCAUCAAAACCAAGAGACGUGGCAUGCUCACCAAAGGUGUCCACCUUCUGCAAGACAAUGCACCAGUUCACAACUCACAUGUUGCCCAAAUGGAAGCAUGCUCCUGUGGCUUUGAAAUUCUGCCGCAUCCCCCGUAUUCACCCGACCUCACACCAUCGGACUUCCACCUCUUUCCAACAAUGAAGUUAUUUUUGAAGGGCAAACAUUUUUCAGAUGGUGAGAUUCUGAUUUCUGAAGUCACAGCGUAGCUUUUGGAGCAACCUGUGCAAGUUGUUUACAGUUGCUUAAAAAGAUGGGAGAAGUGUGUGUCCCUAGGUGGCACCUAUGUAGAAAAGGACUAAUAACUCUGCCAAGCUUCGUUUCCCUCAGUCCACAGGAAGUGGGUCAGGGGAAAUCUUUAAUUAAUGCCCCUCAUAAAAUGCACCCCAAUUUUAGAGAUGUUUACAUGGAUGAGAAAGUGUGCCUUAGAAUCGAAGAAAUACAGUAUUUCCCCCAUUAUGCUUCUGUCUAGUUUGCUAAGAAAAUUAGUGAUUUAAAGGCAUGUGCUCAGUUCAAACUGAUGCAAGGCAAGACUAGCACAUGGGGAAGGGGGUGGGUGAGAAAAUAAUAGGAAGCAGCCUUCAGAUGAGAUCAAACAUGAUCAUUCUUGCCUCAAUUCAGUGGUUACGUUGUUUUGCAAAAUCAAGAGUGUACAUUCAACCAUGAUGAAAUCUAGGAAAGGGGAUAUUAAAAAAGGAAGGGUUUGGUGAAUUCUGGGUAGAAAUGCUCAGACUAAAUAAAGGCGGGUUUUGCACAGUGCUUGAGUCUUGCACUAAUAUGUUUCUCACGAGCAAAAAACAUAAAUAAAUAAAGAUAAGAAGUGUAGAAAAAAGGUUUUGUUGUCUGAAAACGUACCAGAUUGUAUAUUUGAAAAGUUAAUGGCGAGUUCUUUUAAGCAGAAAGAGCAAAAAAAAAGG